AUGUCACGUCGUGACUGUCUUGCUAUCCAAUUGGAAGAGGCUGAUGCCCUUCGGUCAGCAUAUGAUGCCGAGGUUGGCUUCAUGUGGCUGCAUCGGCCAUCGAGGUCAGCUGAUGAAGAUGUAGCCUAUGCUAUUACCAUCCACGGCGAGUGUGAUGUCGAGGCCGAUGCCACAUUCAUGUUCACCCUCCCUAGAGGCUACCCUCUCAAACUCGACGCCAUCCCAGAGGUCAUAGCUGCGGAAGGCUCCGAGGCUGUAGGCGGUAAAUUAAAGAAGUUACAAGAGCUUGUAUUGGGGAAUGUAUGGACCCAACUGAAGGCCGGCUACGUCUUCCCUAUACUUGCUGCCCUUGCUCCUGUAAGGGACAUAAUCACUGAGCUGGGGAAGGCUUGGGAAGUGAAGGAGAUGGAACGAGAGAAGCAAAAAGCAGAGGCCGUCGAGCGGGAGCGGGUUGAGACUCGACGUGGGGAGUUCGCCCGGAGAGAGGCAGAGAGAGAAUAUAACGCUUGGGCUGAGCAGAUAGCUGCCAUACAGGAGCGCAAGGAGGAGCUCCAAAAGGGCUCUAAAGAGAAGCGGAGAGAUAAGCUGCGCGGUGCGGUGGACCCUACCGAUUGGAAAGAAGGGGAGCCUAUAACUCAGAUGAAGUCUAAAUUCCAAGCGCAUCUGGCAUUCGUCGAGACCGAGGAGGAUGUGGACAUCGCAUUGACCGCCCUUAAGCGUGGCCACAAGAUAAUGCGGGCGUACAAUAUGUAUGCCUACCGGUUCAGGGCAAGAACAAGCGAUCAUAAGUCUGCUGACCUUGGCUAUCAUCAGGAUCAUGACUCGGAUGGAGAGGGCGGUGCCGGGACGAAGCUUCAGGAGCUUCUCACACUUACUGGUGCCGAAGGAGUGUUGGUCGUAGUCUCUCGAUGGUACGGCGGCAUCCACUUGGGGCCGCUGCGGUUCAAGCUCAUCAACCGGGUGGCACGACAGAUCCUCGAGGAUGAGGGGGCGAUUGACCCAGGAGCCCAUCAUAAUGGGAAGAAGCCAAAAUAGUUUUGUUCCUCAAUAA